GGCGCUGGCCUGAGGUAUCUAAGCUCCGCCAUCUGGAGAGUGGAUCCCUAUCCUUAAGGCCAUGGGUCUGAGCUGGGUGGACCGGGCAGUAUCUCUAGUCCCCGGCCAGCCACAUUAGCGGAAAGCAGGCAGCCAUUUCUCCCUGACCCCGACUUCUUUCACUCGGAGAAGUGGCCCGAAGAGGGGGACGUAAAGGAGGUGGCUAGGAGAGUCCUGGCCAAGCGAAGCCGGCCCCUUCUGACCUCUGUCUGACCCUAUGGUCAGUAGCCUAAGCCUCAGGUGGGCCUCUUCGGCGGCGCAUCUCUCCUUAAUUCUUUCUCUUCAUUCGUUUGUCCCUCACUUCUAUCCUCUGCGGGUCCACUGGGCAUCAUGAAGCAGCUGCCUGUCUUGGAGUCCGGAGACAAGCCCAGGAAAGCUACAUGGUACGAUUUGACUCACUCUGGAGACAGACCCUGCCCUCGAGUUGGCCACAGCUGCUCAUAUAUUCCCCCAGUCGGUGAUGCCAAGAGAGGGAAGGUCUUCAUUGUGGGGGGAGCAAACCCAAACCAAAGCUUCUCAGAUGUACACAGCAUGGAUUUGGGAACAUACCGGUGGGACACAGCCACCAGGGAGGGUCUCUUACCCCGGUAUGAGCAUGCCAGCUUCAUUCCUUCCUGCACUCCUCACAGCAUCUGGGUGUUUGGAGGUGCCGACCAGUCAGGAAAUCGAAAUUGUCUACAGGUCUUGAAUCCCGAAACCAAGACUUGGAGUACCCCAGAAGUGACCGGCCUCCCACCAUCCCCAAGAACAUUCCACACAUCAGCAGCAGCUAUUGGAAAUCAGCUCUAUGUCUUUGGGGGAGGAGAGAGAGGUGCCCAGCCUGUGCAGGAUGUGAAGUUGCAUGUAUUUGACGCAGAAACUCUGAAUUGGUCUCAGCCAAGGACAUAUGGAAGUCCUCCACCUCCCCGGCACGGCCAUGUGAUGGUGGCAGCGGGGACACAACUCUUCAUUCAUGGAGGGCUGGCAGGGGACAUGUUCUUUGAUGAUCUCCAUUGCAUUGAUAUAAGGAACAUGAACUGGCAGAAGCUUGGUGCCACAGGGGCGGCUCCUCCAGGCUGCGCUGCCCACACCGCCGUGGCUGUGGGAAAACAUGUGUAUGUAUUUGGAGGGAUGACUCCCGCUGGAGCACUGAACACGAUGUACAAGUAUGACACAGAAAAGCAGCACUGGACCCUACUUCAGUUUGAUACUUUACUACCCUCUGGACGACUGGACCACUCCAUGUGUGUCAUUCCAUGGCCGGUAACAUCUACCUCUGAGAAUAAAGACUUAGAUCCUGUCAUUCUAAACUGUGACGCUGAGGAAGGGGAUGCUGCUGACACACAAAUGACUCAGGGAGAGGGGUCAUCUGAGGAGAGGCCGACUAACAUGUUGCUCUGCUUUGUGUUUGGUGGGAUGAAUACAGAAGGGGAGGUCUAUGAUGAUUGUAUUGUGACUGUAGUUGACUAAUAAAGCCCACAUUUUUA